CCAAAAGUGCCGAGCCAAGAGCUAGCACUGUCCCGUGUCUUCCUCUCCACUCCACUCCACUCCACACUCUCACUCUCACUCCAUGGAUUUCAGACUCUCACCACCACCGUUCCCCACCCUCUAUAAAGCAUCCCCGGCCAAGAACCUCCGGUAAAGUAAACCAGGCGACAUUCCCCUCGAAGCCAGCCGAGAUGCCGCACCGCGGCGCCGUCCUCGUGUUCGUCCUCGCCCUCGCGGCGGCGCCGCUCGCCGUGGCGUGGCGCCCGUGGCCGCCGCGCGACGCCAGCGGCGCCCUGGCCGGCCUCGGCGCGUCCAAGAAGUUCGAGGGGUCGUCCGACUUCGUCAAGCUCGAGUACCACAUGGGCCCCGUCCUCGCCGCCGACAUCACCGUCCACCCGAUCUGGUACGGCGCCUGGCCCGCCGAGCAGAAGCGCACCAUCCGCGCCUUCCUGCGCUCCCUCUCGCCGCAGGCCUCCGGGGAGAAGGAGGGCGCCGUCCCGUCGCCGUCGGUGGCGGACUGGUGGCGCACCGUCCGGCUCUACACGGACCAGACCACGGCGAACGUGUCGGCCGUGGUGGCGCUCGGCCAGGAGAAGUGCGACGCGCGGAUGUCGCGGGGGGCCUCGCUGUCCCGGAUGGACAUCCAGACCGUUGUCAAGGACGCGGUGACCGCGCGCACCAGGCCGCUGCCCGUGGACGCCGGGGGGGUGUACCUGGUGCUCACGUCGCCGGAGGUGCGCGUGGAGAACUUCUGCGGGCAGGUGUGCGGCUUCCACUACUUCACCUUCCCGUCCGUGGUCGGGUACACGCUCCCCUACGCGUGGGUGGGCAACUCGGCGGGGCGGUGCCCGGAGGUGUGCGCCUACCCGUUCGCCAUCCCGGCCUACGUGCCGGGGCGCCGGCCCGAGGCGCCACCCAACGGCGACCCGGGGGUGGACGGCAUGGUGAGCGUCAUCGCGCACGAGCUGGCCGAGAUGGCGUCCAACCCGCUGGCCAACGCGUGGUACGCCGGCGGGGACCCCUCCUUCCCCACCGAGAUCGCCGACCUCUGCGAGGGCAUCUACGGCACCGGCGGCGGCGGCGCCUACACCGGCCAGCUGCUCACCGACGGCAGGUCCGGCGCCUCCUACAACCUCAACGGCGUCGGCGGGCGCAGGUUCCUGGUGCAGUGGGUCUGGGACCCCUACCGCAGCUACUGCUCCGGCCCCAACGCGCUCGACCAGCACUAGCACUAGCGUCUCUUUCGUCUCACCGCCGCCGCACCCUCGCCGCAUCUAGCGUAGCGCUAGCGGUAGUAGUGUUCCUCCUUCCUCCGGCAUUGGAUUCCUUCCUCGGGACAUCCAUGGCCGGCCAUGGGAGCGUUUCCUCUCUCUUGUAUAGAGUCAGUGAGCCGAAGAAGCAUGGUGGUCCGAUCCGGUGAGCCCAGUGGCUGGCUCAUGGUUGGUAUGCCUGCGUGCGGACAAUGUUUUGGAUGUUCAAAUUUGAUGACAUUUUGUCCAUUUCCUUC